AUGGAAGAGUCCAACACAUCUCCGCUCUUACGUAAGCGACGUUUUCUACCGGUUAUAGCGUUUAAGUGUUUCGUUAAUCAUUAUGACAUCACUGCUCUCCACAUCCGAUCAUUUUGUCUCCGAAAAAUUGGCUGGUAUGUGCGCGAAUAUCAAUUUGUAGAAAGUGAGGAUAUCUUUCUACUCAAUCGAACCCUCAGUCUGGUUGCGAAAUUUCUCGAGGCCAAUCCGAUCAAACCACCGUCCACCGAGACUCCUCCUCCGGAACGUCGCUAUUCGACAGUGCUAAGAGGUAGUCUGGAAGACGAACCACCCCGAUCUCCCGAAUCCACGGAUUCGGAUGACCCGAUCUACACGGAAUCGUCAAACCAAGGCCAGAAUCUUGUAGAUAUUGUGGAAGAUGAUGAUGAUGACGGAGAUGUGCAAGAUGCACCGGAUGCGGAAGAACAACGUAUGUCUUCCUAUCUGGGUAUUGUAUCCGGGGACCCGGAUGCCGAGGCCACUUUGAAGCUGAUACUCAAACUGCAGGAGCGUGAGAUGUACGGAAUCAGUUCAGAUUCCAGCACGGAUGAGGUAAGCCCCGGGGGUUGGAUCGUUCUCAUGUGA